AUGUCUGGACGAGGAAGAGGCUUUGGUGGUAGAGGCGGCAGAGGCGGCGGUCGUGGUGGCGGCAGAGGAGGGUUUGGAAGAGGUGGUGGCGGCGGCGGAUUCGGAGGCCGUGGUAGAGGAGGAGGUCGAGGUGGAUUUGGAGGCCGUGGUCGUGGUGGAGGCCGUGGAGGAAGAGAUGGAGGUCGUGGCGGUGGUCGUGGCGGAAUGAAGGGAGGAGCCAAGGUCGUUGUCGAACCACAUCGCCAUGAAGGAAUUUUCGUUGCGAGAGGGAAGGAAGAUGCCCUCGUCACUCUCAACUCGACUCCUGGUGUUGCCGUUUACGGAGAAAAGAGAAUCACAGUCGAAAAACCUGCGUCGACUCCCGGAGGAGUAGCCGAGAAGGUCGAAUACCGCGUAUGGAAUCCUUUUCGUUCUAAGAUUGCCGCCGCUGUUCUUGGUGGUGUCGACAAUAUCUGGAUCAAGCCUGGAUCCAAGGUACUUUAUAUUGGAGCAGCUGCAGGAACAUCUGUUUCCCACGUAUCAGAUAUUGUAGGAAAGGAAGGUGCUGUCUACGCUGUCGAGUUCUCUCACCGUCCCGGUCGUGACCUGCUUGGUGUUGCCAAGUUGCGAACGAACAUUAUUCCCAUUAUAGAAGAUGCGAGACAUCCUCUGAAGUACAGAAUGCUCAUUGGUAUGGUGGAUUGCAUCUUUGCUGACGUCGCACAACCAGAUCAGGCACGUAUUGUUGCACACAACGCACAUUACUUCUUGAAGAAUGGGGGUCAUGCCGUUAUUGCCAUCAAGGCAAGUUGUAUCGACUCCACAGCUGCACCAGAAGCAGUCUUCCGAAGAGAGGUCAGCAAACUGCAAAGCGAGAAUUUCAAGCCCCUGGAACAAUUGACAUUGGAGCCAUACGAGAGAGAUCACGCUGUCGUCAUUGCAGAGUAUCGCCCGAGUAAGAAAUCAAAGAGCAAAGAAUAA